AUGUCGUCCAAACUCUUAACGCUUAUGUUCUUCCUAUUCUUUGUCGCGAUCCACCACAUACCUAUGGUGACAUGCAGACAAUGGUGCAUGGCGAUGCCUAAUGCUUCAGAUGAGCAGUUACAAGCCAACAUUGACUACGCUUGCAACAACGACGUCGAUUGUACACCGAUCCAACCAGGGGGAAUAUGCUAUGAGCCAAACACUCUUUAUGACCACGCGUCCUAUGCGAUGAACGCUUAUUACCAGAAUCAUGGUCGCGUGGAAGACUCUUGCAGGUUCAACCGCAGCAGUUGUUGGGUCUUUGUCGACCCAAGUUAUGGCUCAUGUUUGUACUACACUUAG